AUGAGGACCAGCGUGGAUGACCGCCUACUUCCUGUGGACGAGUCAUCCCCCCUGCUGUGUUCCCUCAGCUCUCCUCUCCCCGACAACCCUGUGGCCAGUUCCUCGUCAGCCACGAACCAUGCACAGGUCCCCACACAUCCCACGAACCGUGCACAGGUCCCCACUAGUUCAGACGACUGUGUUCCUACGACAGAGACUAGUGUGUCCAGCGCAUGUGUGAGGUCAGCCUGUGUGUCCAGUGUGGCGUGUGGCGGGGAGAGAGAGCCAGGUCUGGCAAACGAGGAGGGCGGUACACUGUGGGGAACUAAAGUGGCAGGGACAUCCUCCAGCCUCCCCCAGCUGUCGGCACCAGGGCGGGCCAAGGUCGUGCCGGGGAGACAGGUGUCCCUUCUGACGGGCCGGGUCAUCUCGCCCGUGGCACCUCGCGGGGACAGCGGCCUCACGUCGGCGGCACCCCGGGCCAGCAGCGGCCAGACAGCGGCUCACAGGGCGGCCAGGGGUCGGCACACGACACAGGCGUUGAACAACGUGCUGGGCACCAUACAGCACGGGGGGAGACAACUCUUGCUGGUGGCCAACACCGCCGCUCACACACAGCGCGUCAACCAGACUCCCACGUCCCUCCACCCCCACACCCCCCCUCACCUCGCUGACUCACUACCAAACUCCUCCUCUGUGCCAGCCCUCCGGUCCCAGGCGUCCACCCCACUGGCCACCGUUUCCACCAAGCCUGGGACUGUCACCAUUCUACAAUCUUUCCCACAAUCUGUGUCACAAGCAGCGCCCAUUCCCCCAAGGUCGACGUGUGUGGCGUUGGCCGACAGUCCUCGCGUUGUGGCUGUGCAACAAACGUCGCUGGUCCACGCCCGCCUCACAGAAUCCGCGGCAGCUCAAAGCUUGCUGAGUAACCCCGCCUCAUUGGCCGUGUCUCCCAGCUUUGAGAAGAUGUCAGCGGUGGGAGUGACGAAGCAUGGCAAAGGUGUACGUGCGGUGCCCGGAGUGGCCAUCAACCGCAGCCUUCGGACAGACGAGGAGCGGCGUCUUGGCCAGUACGAGAUCCUCAACGCCUGGAAAAAUAACCCGGAGAAGUUUUCGCGUGUCCCGUCCAAGUCCAGGAAAGUGUGCAGGUCUACCGACGUGAUAGACGGAGACGUGGACCAUCUGCCCUCGCUACAAGGCCACGCGGGGCGACACAGAGGCCACGCGGGGCGACACAGAGGAGGGUGUGGAGGGCGUGGUGGAGGGGAGGGUGUCUCAGCUUCUUCCUCCGACACUCGCUCUGUCUUCCCAACUUCUUCCUCCAACGUUCACUCUGUCUUCCACUCUGGAGAAGGAACUGAGAGUGACAGACAGACGAACAAACGACUCUCAGGGUGGUGGCGAUGACCAGGAGAUAGUGGACAUCACAGAGUUCACUGUGGAGACUGGACUGACGGCGCGGCGCGGCGCGGCGGGCGGAGAACAUGGUCAGGUGACCGGGAGCUGUGAGUCACUGUCUCACGGGGCACGCUUUGUCACGGACCUCUUGAGGAAGAGAGGGUUGAAGCUGGGACCGGUGGAGCUGGAGGCGGGGCUAGUGACCUUGACCUCUGCUGACAUGAUCUAUCGGGUGGCCGUAGAGUUUGCCGCUGAUUUGUUGAGAGAGGCAGCGGGGGUGAGCGCUACACGGUUUUCUCGUGUGCUAAGUGUGGAAGACGUCCACUCAGCCCUCUCCUCCCUCCCCACCGCAGCGUUCUGCCGCAGCAGCUACCUCGGGAAGGAGGCGGACAGCGACGGGAUCAGCAGAUGACAUCGUCAUCAUCAUCAUCAUCAUCAUCAUCAUCAUCAUCGCCAUCAUCACCAUCACCCUCCCCUAUGCCGUGGUCUCAUGCACCAACAAACAGCUCAGAUGACCAGCUGUCAUAGUCCGCCUGGCCCUGGAUGGGUCCAAACUUUACCGUGUUCCUGGGGGGGGGGGGGGGGGGGGGGU